AUGUACAUCUCAGAGUGUCCCAGGGCCAGGGUCCAUCAGGAGGGAUUCUGUGGAUCAGCCUCAGGUGGACUUCAUCCAGCCGCUGCAUGCACCAAAGACUUGGAGGACAGCAAAGGCGGUCCGGGGUCCCAGCCGGAGAGGGAGGAUAUACUGUUCAACAGUGACACAACUCCAACCAAGCUAAGAUACGCUCAUUACGGCUAUUUUCUAUAUUUAUUGUUGGGGAAAAGUCACUUUAAAGACUUAUGCUAUUUGGAAGCAAAGCUAUUUUUUUUUUUUUUUUUUUGUCAACGGAAUGCAGUUUUUUACUAUUCCAUCAUGAGGAAUAACACAGGUUCCGUGAUCUCCUUUUUGAUGAAAGGACAGACUGAGAUUUGA